CCCUCAGCCAGUUAACCAGCAGCUGCCAUGGGGAUCGUACUGCGUAUCGCCAUCAUUUUGAUUGGCAUUUUGCUAGCGUUUGCCUAUCGAGCGAUUCAGGAACUCUCUGUAACGCCACGUGUACCGAAGAAUAUUGAGUUUUUCGAAUACUGGGGACCCACCGGCGGAGACCCGUACGGUGAUGGAUUGGAUGUGCACCCGUUCAACAUUUCCUACCCGUCCACGGUGAUCGAACGGCUACGGCAACAGUUGUACGAUGUACCACCAUUAGCGCCCCCGCUCGAGGAUACCGCAUUCGACUAUGGUUUCAACAGUGAUCGCCUGAUGGAGAUUGUUAAGUACUGGCGAACGGAUUAUUUAGAUCGCUGGGCAGAGCGUGAGGCAUACCUGAAUCAAUUCAAGCACUACAAAACCAAAAUCCAGGGGCUGGACAUUCAUUUCAUUCGCGCUCAGUCAACAGAGGUAAGAAAUCCAAAACGGAUUGUCCCAUUGCUGAUGAUGCAUGGCUGGCCUGGAUCGGUGCGCGAGUUCUACGAUAUAAUCCCCAAGUUGACGGCGAUGACGAACGAUAAGCAGUACGUGUUCGACGUGAUUGUGCCCAGUCUGCCGGGCUACGGAUGGUCUCGGGCAGCGUCACGACCGGGACUAGCUCCGUCUAAAAUAGCGGUAAUAAUGAAAAACCUGAUGGCCCGUCUAGGCUACCGGCGUUUCUACAUCCAAGGCGGAGAUUGGGGUGCGGCUAUUGGUAAUCUGAUGGCAAUCUUGUUCGAGGACGAUAUUCUGGGCGUCCAUCUCAACAUGUGCUUGGGCAGUGGAAGCCCGAUGACCAUUGUUAAGAUGAUCGUAGCUGAUCUGGCACCGAAGUACUUCAUAGAAGAGGAAUUCAUCGACUACUAUCAUCCCUUUUGGCCACGCAACCAUCAGCUAAUAGUGGAGGGUGGAUACUUUAAUCUGCAAGCCUCGAAACCUGACACUAUCGGCAUUGCUUUACAGAACAAUCCGAUAGGAUUGCUGGCUUACAUACUGGAAAAGUUCUCUACUUGGACGAAUCCUGCGAAUCGCAACCUUUCCGAUGGUGGACUGGAGAAAUAUUUUUCCCUAGACGCUCUGCUGGACAAUGUGAUGAUCUACUAUCUCACCAAUUCAAUUACAACAUCCCAGAGGCUGUAUGCUGAAGCGUUCAGUAUCGUGGAGCUUUCGAGAAAGUAUGAAUUCAUCCCCACCAAUGUGCCGGCCGCGUGCGCCAAAUUCCGGCACGAACUCAUGCAACACCCAGACUGGAUACUGAAGGAGCAUUUUACCAAUCUACUACAAAGCAAUCACUAUGACGAUGGUGGCCACUUUGCGGCGAUGCAGCUGCCCGAUGAUUUGUACAACGAUAUAGUACAGUUUGUGAACCGUUUGUACGUGAGAUAA